AUGGAUAUUACUCGUUUCAAUUGGACAUCGCUCAAGCGAACAACAGCUCGUGUUUUACGCCAGUCAACCAAUUUUCUACAGGGAUCACCAAGCUGGAUUACAGGACCUCUCACGACAAAGGAGCUACUUAAUGCUGAAAUCCAAUGGAGUCGUUCGUUUCAGCACCGCAAUUUCACUGCCAAAAUUGAGUACCUUCAUGACAUGAAGGGUCGCCGGCCACCUUUGGUAACCCAAUUGGAUCUAUGUAUCGACAGUGAUUCUCUCAUUCGCUGCAGAGGUCGGUUACUCAAUGCCGACAUUCCUAAAACCGCUCGCAACCCUAUUCUCUUGCCAAAAUCCUCCGAGAUCACGCGUCUCAUUAUUUCCUAUUAUCACGAGCUUUCCCUUCAUUCCGGAGUCAGUGACACGAUCUGUCAUAUUCGACAACGCUUCUGGAUCCCAUCCAUUCGUCAACAAGUGAAAUCCAUCGUGCGCCUCUGCACUCGCUGCCGCCGGGUAAACGGGGCCCCUUACAGAGCCCCCAAUCCAGCUACAUUACCCAGUUUCCGCGUCCGUGGGGACAAGGCCUUCGCCGUGACUGGCAUCGACUUUGCUGGCCCAUUUCCAGUCCGUGGUCUACCUGGCCAGCCGGAUCCAAAGGCUUACAGAUGCCUUUUUACGUGCACUACAUCUCGUGCCAUCCACCUGAAAUUAGUAGAGGACCUCACGGCGGAUAACUUUAUACUAGCCUUCAGAAGUUUCAUCUCCAAUCACUUCACGCCAACAAUGAUUCUUUCGGACAAUGCCACAACCUUCGAACUUGCCGCCCUGCCCUCAAGUCCCUAUUCAACAACUCGCUUCUGGGAACGACUUGUCGGCCUGACCAAAGAAGCCCUUAAGAAGAUGUUUGGUCGUACAAAACUCAAAUUCAAUGAGUUCCGCACGAUGGUCACAGAAAUCGAGGCCAUUUUGAACGACCGCCCGCUCACGUAUGUGUCGUCCGACUUGAACGACCCUCAAGCUCUUACCCCGUUUCAUCUACUGUACGAUGGUCGUCUCACUCCACUCCCAUACGAUCUAGCCGUCGAAGAGGAACUGCUAGACCCCACCUUCGGUAAAAAGCUUUCUCACCUCCUUGCCAUGUUUAGCCGUCGCCAACGAAUCCUUAAAGCCUUCUGGUCCCGUUGGCAAAGAGAGCACUUAACCAGCCUCCGGGAACGACACAUCACCAGCAAGAAUGGUUUCAAACCCAGCAUCAAGGUCGGCGACAUAGUCCUAGUUCAUAACGAAGGACCCAGAAUUGACUGGAAGCUAGCUGUGAUUGAUAGCCUCAUCACCAGCCCGGAUGGAGAAAUUCAAGCAGCCAACAUCCGCACCGCAAAAGGAAAAACAAACCGUCCUGUUUCGAAAUUGUUCCGCUGGAAGUUCCCGCAACAAUUGAUUCUUCUCCACGCGCUCAAAUUUCUCCCAAUUCCGACACUUCUCUACCAACGAGACCCCGACGAAAAGCAGCCAUCACUGCCGAAAAAUGGAUCAGGGACGAAGCGCAAGAAUAAAUACUUCCGGCCAAGAAUAUGUCGAAAAUUAUCACCUGAAUUUGUCAACACUGUUCAUUUUCCCAUCCCUCCUUUUUGUCUAGGUCGUUUUACCCCCUUCGCGCCCUUGGCGAGUCGGGGCAGCUAG